AUGUGGAAACUCGAAGUUGCUGAUGAUGGAGGUCCGUUUAAUGAGUGGCUAUUCAGUACUAAUAAUUUUGUAGGUAGACAGACUUGGAAGUUUGAUCCAAAUGCUGGAACACCAGAAGAACGAGCUCAAGUUGAAAAAGCUCGUCAGGAAUUCUACGAAAAUCGUUUCAAUGUUCGAGCUUGUUCGGAUGUUUUGUUACGCUUGCAGCAAUUGAGAAAAAACAAAGAUAAUUUCGAUCUAAGCGUACCGCCACUACAAAAGAUAGGUGAUAAUGACCAAGUGACUUAUGAAGCAACGACAACAACCUUAAGGAGAGCCAUCCAAUUCUUUUCAGCUAUGCAAGGGGACGACGGACAUUGGCCAGCCAAUUUUGAUGCACUCAUGUUCUUGAUGCCUUCUUUGGUUUUCACCUUAUAUAUCACGGGAACUCUUAAUACCGUCUUACAAUCACAUGAACAUAGAAAGGAGACACUUCGACACAUCUACUGGCAUCAGAAUGAAGAUGGAGGUUUUGGGUUUCAUAUAGAAGGGCAUAGUAUCAUGUUCAGUACAACACUUAACUACAUCUGUAUGCGCAUACUUGGAGAAGGACCAGAUGGUGGUGAGAACAAUGCUUGUGCUAGAGCACGAAAAUGGAUCCUUGAUCAUGGUGGUGCGACAUCAAUACCUACCUGGGGAAAGGUUUGGCUCUCGGUGCUUGGACUUUAUGAUUGGUCAGGUUGCAUCCCUAUGCUACCUGAGCUUAUCUUGCUUCCUUCUUUUCUACCAGUACAUACCGGUAAGGUGUGGUGUUUUUCUCGAGUGAUAUCACUGCCAAUGACGUACUUAUAUGGUAAGAGGUUUGUCGCACCCAUAAAUGAUCUCAUUUUAUCAUUAAGAGAAGAACUUCAUGUUCAACCUUAUGAUGAAAUAAACUGGAGCCAAAUGCGUUAUGUUUGUUGUAAGGAGGAUAUAUAUUACCCACAUCCCAUUCUCCAGAAUUUGGUAUGGGACUACUUCUACGUAGUUGUGGAGCCUCUUUUGAACUGGUGGCCAUUUUCAAAGAUGGUCAGAGAGAAGGCUUUAAGUUUAACAAUGAAGCAUAUUCAUUAUGAAGAUGAAAAUAGCCGCUUCAUUACCAUGAGUUCUGUAGCAAAGUCUUUAUGCAUGCUUGUUUGUUGGGUGGAGGAUCCAAAUUCAGAUGCUUUCAAGAAACAUCUUGCCAGAGUCCAAGAUUACAUAUGGGUUGCAGAAGACGGACUUAAAAUGCAGAGUAUUACUGGAAGUCAGACAUGGGAUACUAGUUUGGCACUGCGUGCACUUCUAGCAAGUGACGACUUGAUCGGAGAAAUAGGUGCUACCCUUAAGAAGGGACACAAUUACUUAAAAGUUUCACAGGUUAGAGAUAACCCAUCGGGUGAUUUUCGAAGGAUGCAUCGUCAUAUUAGUAAAGGAGCAUGGGCUUUCUCUGAUCGAGAUAGUGGUUGGCAAGUAUCAGAUUGUACCGCUGAAGCGCUAAAGAAUUGUCUACUAUUUUCGCAAAUGCCAGCUGAGAUUGUUGGGGACAAAAUGCCCGUGAAGCAGUUUUAUGAUGCUAUUGAAUUAAUUGUUUCCCUUCAAGGCGCAGACGGGGGAUUUUCCGCCUGGAAUCCCGCAGCAUCGCUUGAAUGGUUAGAGGUUUUCAAUUGCACAGAGAUGUUUGAGGAUUGCAUGGUCGAACAUGAGUACGUAGAGUGCACUGCAUCGGCAAUUGAAGCUCUAAUUUUGUUCAACAAGUUACAUCCCAAUAACCGCACCAAAGAAAUUGAAGCUUGCAUCAACAAGGCAGUACAUUAUGUAGAACAUAAGCAAGAGCCUAAUGGUUCAUGGUAUGGAAAUUGGGGAGUAUGUUAUGUCUAUGGGACAUGGUUCGGGCUACGAUCCCUCGCAGCUGCUGGGAAGACCUACGCGAAUAGCCUGAGUGUUCGUAAGGCUUGUGACUUUCUGCUGUCAACACAAAAUUCAUCGGGCGGUUGGGGAGAAAGCUAUCUUUCGUGUAUGAAAAAGGAAUUUAUACCCUUAGAGGACAACCACUUGGUACAAACAUCUUGGGGUCUGAUGGGACUUAUACAUGCUGGUCAAGAAGAUAGGGAUCCUGAGCCUCUGCAUCGGGCAGCAAAGAUAUUGAUAAAUAAUCAAAUGGAAAACGGCGAUUUUCCUCAACAGGAGAUAACAGGAGCGUCUUUGAAAACAUGCAUAUUGCACUACACGCUUUAUAGAAACAUUUUUCCGAUAUGGGCACUUGGGGAAUAUCGUCGGAGGGUAGUCAAAAAACCUACAUAA